AUGUCAUUCUUCCCCGGACUUCUCUCCAGCUUGCUUCUUUGCUUGCCACUCUACCACCUCCCUCCCCAUCCCACACACGCGGCCCCUUCUUUCCCUUCUCCUUAUCCCGAUAGAACUGCCCUGAUGGUCCCUUCUGUGCUAACUGGUUUUAGAUAUCCUGCCAGCACACUAGAGAUCUCUGGAAGUUUCAGAGAGCGAAGAGACAAGAUGGAUUCUUUCAACCCUUCUCUUACUUCCAUCAUGGACAAGCUCAAGAGCGACCCUGGUGCUCUGACUGACCAGGACCUUCUCCAAAUCAAUUUGACUAUGCUCACUGCCAAUCUGGCACCAAAGGUAUCCACCCGUUCAACCAUCUUAAUCUACCUCGGAUGGCUUGAGAUCCACCGUGAGAACCCAACCCCGCCCACUGAGUAUUGGGGAAUCACCUCUUGGCGUUGGGUUAACGCACUUCGCGACCGCGGAGUCAAGGAGCUGGAAUUGAUUCAUGAGAUGAACCAGUGGAAGGUUUCUUAUGUUGCGGCCAAUGGCGCUUUCAAAUCUCGCUUUGACAGAUAUCCACCCACAUCCAAGGAUAUCCAGAAGGCAUUUGAAGGUGAUAUUUCCGGUUCCAAAGUAGCGAAUGCUGCUUCUGGUAGAGACCACGAGGGCGAUGAAUUCCGGGAGCCACCACCUGGAGAGUACGUCUGCUUUCAAUGCGGCGAACGAGGUCGUCAUUUGCAAGACUGCCCCAAAAAUGUUAAUCCCAUGCUGGAUAUGUCACCUGACAUGAACGGCAGCAUCGAGGCUGAGGAAGAGUUUGGUGAUGUCACUGGAUUGUCGAGUGAGAUUGAUCGUUUCGGACGACUUGAUUACAAUCAAGGUCAACUUGAAGAGGAGAGUUUGAGCACCGCUUCUCCAGGCAGUGUUCUGCGAAACCGCCAUAGAUCAAACGCCUCAGAGAAGCUUCGUGACAUGAUGAAGACGCGCUCCGAGCGAGGCAACUUCCUCGGCAUGAAUAUGGAGAUGACCGGAAUCAAGGAGCUGAGACAAAAGCGAGGCAGACGUAUGGCCAGCACCCCCAGCCGAUCAUUCAAUGAUACCAGCCCCACCCCUGAUAAGAGCCAAUCACUGCGGAAGAGACUGCGUAUGAUUGAAACUUAUGAGGCAAAGCUUAUGAAGGGACAGGUAUUGGGAACCACUCAGAUGGACUUGGUCAGAAAGAAGGCAAUCUUCCAAGCGGAGUUGGAGAAUCUGGACCAGACUAGCUUUAGCCAACUGGACAAGGACUACCUCGGCGACACCAUGAUGGGUGAUGGCCUUGACAAUGUUCAGACUCGUCAAGCUCACUGCACACAGGCUUCCAGCGAGGAGACUGACUUAAGAGCCGCAGGAGACAUGGGCCAAUCAGCUCCAACCAAGCGUGGCUCGGCAUACUCCCAGUUCGUCCAUAAGUUGAUCCAGAGCCGCGGACGUGAGAUGACCGAGACUGUCAAUAAGCCCAAGAAACCCCAGACCGCUCUGCAGAUGUGGGAGGAAGAUGACCAGCGCCGACUUGAGCAACUGACUAUCUCGACACCCGAGACUCCUGAGAUGUCCAUCGAUUCAUUUUGGGGAGGCCUUCCCGGUUUGCGGAGCCAGUCCAGUAGUUUGAGAUCCUUCAGCCCGGUUGAGUACAAACACAACGGCAGAUCCGAUGCCAAGCUCACGGCGGAUCAUGGAGCCACCGGUCAAGGAAUUCAACCCACCAGCAGCGGCAGCUCCACACCGACUCCUAUCCCUACCACUUUAAUGGCAGGGGGCCCCGCAGAGCAGAAUGGUAGUCCAUUUGCCCACGGUCAUCAAAAUGCUGGAACUUCCAGCAACAACUAG